UUCCGCCGGUUGGAGGACUUGUGUGGCAGAUUCGACAGAAAUUUCAAUACGCUGGAGAAAUGGAUGGACAAAAAGCAGCUGGUUCUGUGUUCAUGUGUCGGCUGUGCAACCUCUUCUCUCCCAGUCACUCUCAGCUGCUGGCCCAUUGCUCCCAGCAGCACCCCCAGCAGGAGCCACCUGAUGACAUCAUCAUUGCUCUGCAGCCCCUUGUAGGAGAGCCUGUGGAGACCCUGGCAGAGAGCCCAGUGAAGCGAAAGCGAGGACGACCUAAAGGUUCUACGAAGAAGACACGCAUAGAUUUGACAGAGGGAAAGGCCAACUCUACCCAUCCUCCUGAGGAUAAUGUUCAAAUAGGAGAAGAAGGGAAUAAGGAGGAGGGAGACAGACAAUGUAACAUAAUACAAGGUGAAAGCCAUGAUGGGAUUUUGGGGCUGGAAUGUAGAGACUGCCACCGCUCAUUCAGCAACAGACGACAGAUCCUCAAACACAUCUGCCUGAAAGAAGAGGAGGAGGAGGAGGAGGACGAAGAGGAGAAUGGGAGCAUCUCUGGUGGAGCAGGAGUUGAGGGCUCUGGGAGUGUGGAUCCUGGAGGAGGAGAUCCAAAUCAGACGCAACAAAACCCGGCAAGACCAGGACUCUUGAGAGAAAAAGACGCGGGCAGCUCCAGACCCCCGAGAACCAACCGAAACCGCACCUCCAAAGAAGGAGGCCUUGCAACGGGAAACAAAAAGUCAGUCAUCAGUGUUUUUCUGACACAAGAUGAAACACUUCCAGGUGUUUCUAAAAUGGUUCCAGUAGAGGACAGUUCAGCAGAAACAGAGCCUGCAGCCAUCCAUACUCAACCUCAGCAGUCUGCAGUCUUCCAGAGUCAGUCACAAGACCUUCCAAGUGAAGCUGCUGCCUGUGAGGGUAACUCUAAAACAGAUCAGGAGCCAAGCUCUGACCCAACCUCCACAACUUCAACAACAGCAGCCGGCAGAGGCUUUCAGGAAUAUUCUAUCAAGCAAGAUGCUCCCAAUUUACUUCAGAGCCAGCUGAAGAUCUUUGCCUGUGAGUUCUGUAACAAGAUCUUUAAAUUCAGACACUCACUGGUCGCCCACCUCAGGACGCACACCCAGGAGAAACCGUUCCAGUGUCCACACUGUGACUAUGCAUCAGCCAUCAAAGCCAACCUGAAUGUUCACCUGAGGAAGCACACAGGAGAGAAGUUCAGCUGUCAGCACUGUCCUUUCAAUUGCCUCAGCCCAGGACACCUCAAGGUCCACAUAGAGCGAGUCCAUCUGAAGGUGAAGCAGCACUGCAGCUUCUGUGAGAAAAAAUACUCUGAUGUAAAGAACUUGCUGCAACACAUGGAGAAACGACAUAAUCUAGAGGACCCUGCUGUCUACCAGAGCUACCAACAGCUCAGGUUAAAGACUCGUCAAGGCCUCAGGCAGCUCCUCUACCACUGUCCCACCUGUAACCGGCGCUUCAAGAACCAGCUGGAGCGGGAGCGCCACCUGUUGGUCCACGGGCCCCAGCGUCCCUUCGCCUGCCUCCUCUGUGACCAUGCUGCGACCAAGAUGGCCACCCUCGCCGCUCAUGUCAGGAAGCACCUCUUCCUGUAUGUGUGCUGUGUGUGUGACGGGAAGUUUGUCAGCUCUCAGAGGCUGAAGAGUCACUUGAGUGAGUCUCACCUGGAGCUGGACCAGGGGCAGGCCUUCACCGACUGUAUCAACAACAGCUACUAUCUGAUACAGCCUGGAGGAGCCAUGUGGGGCUACGAGGAGCAGGAAGAUACAGAGAAAGGGAUGAAGGAAGGGCUACGGAUAGAGCAGGAGGGUGAAGAUGAAAGGACAAGAGAGGAAGGUAGAAGUAAUGGUGUAGAAGGGGAACAGUGGCGAGAUGGGGAAGGGGAGCAGCUGGAAGUAGCAGUGAGUGAAGAAAAAGAAGGAGAACAAGCUAAAUCUCAGGUUGAAAGUGCAGCAGAAGCGCAGGGCAAAGACGGAGGAUUAGAAAGUGGAGGUUCCCAAGAACUGCUCCAUCAAGCUAAUCCUACAGAAACCACAGCUCCCUCUGACAGACAGGAGGAAGCAACAGCUGGGAAGAACUCACAGGACAACACAGCCGACACAUGCACUGCUGCAGCUGAAGACAAUACACAGACUUUUUUAUCACCAGACAGCAGUCACACUGCUCUGCUGGAGGACAGGGCUCGAGAAGACACACACCCAGCUGAUGGGAGCACACAUGCAGCUGAAAACACACACGCAGUUUCUCCAGGGGAAGAUGGACAAACUCCACAUUCAGAAAAGGUGUCAGAGGUUCUCCAUCAGAGUGCAUUUCAGCAGGUGUUCUCAUCUCUUCAGAAGAUUCGACUCAACAUGGAGUCGUUCCAACGGCUCAGGAAAAUUUACGGAGACCUGGAAUGUCAAUACUGUGGUAAACUGUUCUGGUACAAAGUCCACUAUAACGUCCACGUACGCACUCACACCAAGGAGCACUCGCAUUAUUGUACAAAGUGUAGCUACUCGUCCAUCACCAAAAGCUCUCUGAAGCGUCACCAGAUUCAGAAGCACAGCGGCUUGCUGCUGCCAUGUUCAAAUCCUGGCUGUAAAUACACCACACCUGACAAGUACAAACUUCAGGCCCAUCUGAGGACGCACCAGGAGCAGGGGAAGAGUGUGACCUGUCCUGUCUGCCAGCAAAGCUAUCCAGAGCACAAACUGAAACACCACAUCAAAACAUCCCACCCCGACACACUACCUGUGCAGGGUAAAGGACUGAUGGUACAGCGCGCAGAGAAGUGCCCCUACUGUGACUCCUACUUCCUAAAGAACAGCAGUGACUUUCAGCGGCACAUCUGGGCCCACGAAGGUUUGAAGCCAUACGUCUGCACUGUGUGUGACUACGCAGGCCGCAGCAGGAGUAACCUGAAGACCCACAUGAACCGACACAACACAGAGAGACGACACCUCUGUGAUCUGUGCGGUAAAAAGUUCAAAUCUAAAGUCACGCUCAAAAGCCACAGACUGAGCCACUCUGACGAAGGGAAACGGUUUCAGUGUUCCGAGUGUGACUUCACCUCGGUCUCCAAACCGUCCUUGCUCCGACACAUGGAGCAACACGCUGAGUUUAAGCCAUUUCGCUGUGCCCACUGCCACUACUCCUGCAACAUUGCUGGUCCCCUGAAGCGACACUACAACAUGAAACACCCAGAUCAGAAGUAUCAGAAUGCUGGACCUGGACAGCCAAACCCUGAUGCUCUGAAACAGCAAGGUGGCAUGAAGUGUCCUGAAUGUGAAUUUGUUUAUGGCACCAAGUGGGAGUUGAACCGUCACCUGAAGAGCAAGCACAGCCUGAAAGUUGUGGAAUGCACCUGGGAGGUGGAGGAGGCAGUAGAGGCCCAGUACGUGCCUGUGGAGCAUGAAGAACAGCUGACUGAAGUACCUGUAGCAGCGCUGCAGGACAACGUUAAUAUCCAGCAGAUCACUGAGUUAAGUUCAGAGACUCACAAUGCCGUCACCUCCAUGGUUGCCAUGGCUCCAGGCACUGUUACCGUUGUACAACAGUUGCAGGUGGCUGACGAGCAGGAAGUCGGGAACUGCAGCAACCAGCUGAUGGUGGUGAACGCAGAGGGGGGUCUGACCGGUAACCAGGUGAUGGUGGUGGAGGACGCACACGGCCUGGAGGCUCUGACAGUCCUCACUCAGGGAGAAAACGCUCACCACUAUAUCGUCUACGUCCAGGAACACACAGUAGAAAUCAACUAGUAAUACAUUAAGCUUUUGGCUUAUCAGUAUUGAGGGGAUCAGUAUCAGUUUACAAAAGUGAAGUAACAUACAAUUUACCAGUAAGCAAUAAAAUCAGGAUAUCAUGAAUGUUCCAGAAUUUCCUUCGCCGUAUUUAUUUCUCAGUCACUAUUGGUAACUUCUAAAACAUUAAGUGCAAUAUUGUGAUUAUGAGAUGUAUUUUGUACUUAGAAAGAAUAUUUAAAUAAAAUCCCUGUCCUGCUCUG